AUGGGUUGGUUCAGUGGGGAUGCGCCUAAGCAUAAGCCAUCCUGGGACUUAGGAUGGACGUCCCUCCCUUGGACAUCCCCUUCCCCGCCCACCCCAACACGAGUUGAGCCCGAGAGCCAGGAAUGGUAUCUGGUCCUUGUUGAGAAAUUCGGUAUCAGUGGAACUGUUGGCCUGAUCCUUGGCUUUGUUCUUUGCUUGUUCAUUCUGAAGCUAGGUCAAAGGACCAUUGGCCUCCCUUUCAACAAGAUCCCAUUUCUCGGCAAGCAGCUCUCUGCUAAACCGUCUAAGCGCUUGGUACCCAGGGGCACACAGUCUGCCCUGAAAAGCAUCAAGGGAAUUGCACCAGGUCUACUAACAAGACUGAAUCCAUUCAAUUGGAGAAUCUUCAACCUGCAAAAGAUUGCUGAAGAAGAGGAUGACGAGAAAUACCAAGCAGGGGAGCCAUAUGGCGACCCCAGUGUGAUGGCCACUGGUCUCGUCAAAGACCUCAAGUCUGUUGGAUUGAAGGCAGGCGUGAGAGACCUUCAAACAUUGCUCAAGGUGGUCAAAUCUAAAGGGAAGCCUGUUAAUGAUCGGGAGAUGACGAUGGAAAAGAUGAUCGCGAUCACCUCAGCCCUGCCACGCCAUUCAAAAACGCGAAAGAAGUUGUCGGGUAUCAUCAUCGACAGUCUAUGGCAAAGCUUGCAGCAUCCUCCUCUCAGCUACCUCGGCGACAAGUUCCAGUACCGAACCCCCGACGGAAGCUACAAUAAUCCUCUCCAACCAGAUCUUGGUAAAGCUGGGAGCCCCUACGCCAGAACGGUUCCAAAGCUGAAGCAUUUGCACGGUGUUCAACCUGAUCCAGGACUUCUCUUUGACUUGCUUAUGGGUCGGACUGAUGACACGUUCAAGGAAAACCCAGCUGGGAUUUCUUCGGUUCUAUUCUAUCAUGCCAGCAUUAUUAUUCAUGAUGUGUUCCGCACAAACCGCUUUGACUCAAAUAUAUCGGACACUUCUUCCUAUCUUGAUCUUGCUCCAUUGUAUGGUUCGAGCCGUGCUGAUCAGGAGAGCAUUCGGACAAUGCAAGGUGGUUUCCUCAAGCCGGAUACGUUUGCUGAGAAGCGACUCCUUGGAUUGCCCCCAGGUAUCAACGUUAUGCUUGUCAUGUAUAGCCGGUUCCACAACUAUGUCGCCGACGUUCUUCUGAAGAUCAACGAGAACGGUCGUUUUACGUUGCCACCAACCAGAACUGAGGAGGCUAAACAGCGCGCUCUGAUAAAGCAGGAUGAGGAUUUGUUCCAAACAGCACGACUUAUCACCAACGGUCUUUAUAUUAAUAUUUGUUUACACGAUUAUCUUCGUGGGCUAACAAACACGCACCAUUCUGCAAGCGACUGGACCCUCGACCCCCGUAUUGCUGUGGAAAGGCAUUUUGACCCAGAUGGCGUCCCGAGAGGUGUUGGUAACCAGGUAUCUGCAGAAUUCAAUCUUCUGUAUCGGUUCCACUCAACGAUCUCCCAGCGAGAUGAGAAAUGGAUGAAUGAAUUCCUUAGAAGCCUGUUCCCAGGCGACAAGCCCCUUGACCAGCUCACACCUCAGGAAUUCGUUCAAGGUCUAUUCCGAUUUGAGCAGACUAUCCCGGAAGAUCCUUCUAAGCGUGAGUUCUCGGGUCUUAAGCGUGACGAGCACGGUCGGUUCAACGACGGGGAUCUAGCAAGGAUCAUGAAGGAAAGCAUGGAAGACCCAGCAGGCCUGUUUGGUGCCAGAAUGGUUCCUAAAGCGUUGCGCAUUAUUGAGGUCACUGGUAUACUCACGGCACGAAAAUGGCAGCUCGCAUCUUUGAACGAGAUGCGUGAUUUCUUCAAAUUGAAACGCCAUGAUACCUUCGAGGAUAUUAACCCUGACCCUGAGAUUGCUGAUCUUCUUCGAAAGCUGUAUGAUCAUCCUGAUAUGGUUGAAAUGUAUCCCGGAAUGUUCCUCGAGGAUGCUAAGCCUCGUAUGGAUCCAGGUUGCGGUGGAUGUCCACCAUACACUGUUGGAAGGGCUGUCUUCAGUGACGCGAUUACCUUGGUACGAUCCGAUCGUUUCUGUACAGUGGACUACACCGCGUCGAACCUGACAAGCUGGGGCUUCCAAGAGGUGCAGCAAAACCUUGACAUCAUGGGAGGGUCAAUGUUCCAUAAAUUGUUCCAACGCGCUCUUCCAGGAUGGUUCCCCUACAAUUCACUCCACACCACACAACCAAUGUUCACUCGAAAGAUGAACGAGGAAAUUGCAAGGGAAAUCGGGACCAUUGCUCAAUUCUCGCUGGCCGAUCCAGCACCGCCACCUGUUCCUAUCAUCUUGACCAAGCAUUCGACUGUAACCAAGGUGCUAAAAGACCAAGCUAAUUUCCGCGUCCCGUGGAUCAAGUGGUUGAACGACAUCGCCCCGGGUAGGACAUUCAACAGCGCCAUGCUGGCAGGAGACCUUCCCAUGAACACUGCGCAGAGAAAUCUGGUUACCGAUAUUAUGUUCAGUCCAGCAGAGUUUAUGCAGUUGUUCUCUGCGACGGCGAUGUCUGUUGGAAGGGAACUCAUCGAUAGAGAAACUUUGAACUUGAAGAGUUUGGACCAGAUCGAUAUUGUUCGCGAUGUCGCGAUUCCUUUGAAUACCCGUCUUUUGGCUGAUUUGUUCGCUUUGGAUCUCAAGACGCGUGAGAACAAGGGUGGAAGCCUGAGCGCCGCAACGCUGUAUAAGCAUCUUCUGGAUGUUCGCACAUUUGUCUUCAACAACAAUGAUCCGGCUCUCGCUUUACAGCGCAGGGAUGCUGCUCGCGAGGGCGUUGAAGCCCUGACGGAGACCGGCUUGAAAGUGAUCUCUGGUGGAGGUUCUCGAUCUCUUUUGUCGAGAAUUCCACUCAUUGGAUGGCUGUUCGGUUCUAAGGAGGCUCAAAGAAGCAAUCCAACUGUUGGAUCUCUGCGCUGGUAUGGUCAGAAUGUCAUGAGAGAGAUCAUUGCUGCUGGAAAGACUCCUGAGGAGACUGUCGAUAUCAGCUGGUUGACUGCUGUCGGUGGUGUUGGCGCCCCAAUCGGAGUGGUUUGUCUCUCCAAAAUUUUAGCAUCAGAAGCUGUAAUGUGGACUAACAUGCUAUCCUCACAGUUUGUUGAUGUUCUUCAGUUCUUCCUUAAAGAAGACAAUUCCCACCACUGGGAGGCCAUCCAGGGCCUCAUCAGUCAUUCUGACGUGAACUCAUCUGAUAACACACUGCGACAGUAUGUGCUUGAGGCUCAGCGCUUGACAAGCGGCCAGCGGAACCUCCGCAUCUGCGCUAGCGAAACGACGAUCGAUGGCAAGACUUUUAAACCCGGCGAUGCGGUAGUGUCACUACUUGGCCACGCAUGCAUGGAUCCAGAAGUUGUUCCACAUCCCCAUAAAUUCAAACUCGACCGACCUGCCAGCGCGUACAUCCACUAUGGCUAUGGCGCGCACGAAUGCAUUGGCCGGGAAUUAACCCUGGCCUUUGUGGUAACUCUUGUCAAGCUUUGCGCUGGCCUGAAGAAUCUUCGCCCUGCACCCGGCGACAUGGGGGUCUUGAAGCAAAUCACACUUGGCACAGAACGGUGCUAUCUCAACGACAGCUGGUCCCACCUGACCUUUGAUCCAACGACAUGGAAAGUCCACUUUGAAGGCCGCGGCAAGGGUGUCUACAAGCAUCCCAAAACACCCGUUACUGCUGGUCGGGAUUUAAAUGCCUUGUCCAACUCACUUAUCCAGCAACAGAAAGAUUUCUUACUGGCAGCUACUAAGAUUACAAACGGCCAAGGUACUGUACACUCUCUCAAGGAUGAUGUGCCUCUUGUUGCCGAUGAGACCAACGGCGAACUUGACGGGGCGACUGACCUUGAGGGCGACUCUGAUUCUGUGGUGCACCAGAUCAUCCCUGCUUUUGAGGAUGAACAACAUGAGACAACCAAUACUGUGCAUGAGGUUAGCUUCUCGUCUUUCAGCCACUCUUAUGAGAGGGAUCAUGAUAGAGACGUGAGUUAUGGACUAACGCGGGGUCAGUAA